AUGGCAAAAGUUAGUGCUGUAUGUGUUCUUAUGGUGUGCCUGUGGCUGAGGGUGAGCGCUGGCCUGCCGUCGUACGAAGAAGAGCGUGAUUUGGAUAAAGAACUGUACAUCCGGCAGUUGGCCGAGUGGCUUGCAGAUCAAUCGACAGACUUCCUGAACGAUCUCAUCAAUUUCCCACCGUGUCGACCAUGUAGCUAUGAACAGCACAGGCAACCCGCUACUGCGGUUCCGAGGGCGACGUAUGCGAAGCGUAACUCCGAGUUGAUAAAUUCGCUGCUGAGCCUUCCGAAGACGAUGAAUGACGCUGGCAAGUAACUGCCCUCGCGUGAGGAUAUAACGCUCUGUUGUUGGACUCCACAUAAUAGAAGGAAAUGGAACGAAAAGUAUCCGAAACCAUGCUUUAGGGAGUUUUGCGAGAGAGCAUUUAAAUGAGGACGAGAUCCGUGGACAUCUUCCAACCUACCAGAUCCGCAGAUUCAAUUCCGUUGCGCAGUGUUGAAUUUGUUUUAUUCUUCAAAGUUUAUUUCCAUUGCAUCAUCCUCGUGAAAUGCCGCAAGUGCUAGUGUAAUAGGGAGAAAAUGAACAUCUAUCAGAUAAAAGACCAUAUUGAUGUUACCACUGAACUGAUGGUAAAAUAUAAAAGAUCCGCUUCUACCUAAAUUUAUCGCUAUCGAUCGCUACUAAAAUGUACUCAUAUCCGUUUGCUAAUCAGGUUCGGCUCACAUUCGUUUGUCCGUAUUAGGUUACAAUCCUUGCCAGAGCGUUCAUUUCGAAGGAAAUGCUCUGAAGCAGACGUUGUUUAAAAUAAA